UCCGAAGGCUCACGUCCUCUACGAGCGCUGCGGACGAGGCGGCUGCGGCGUGCAGCAAGAGGGCCGGAGAUGUCGAUCAAAGAGCGUCUGGCCGCCCUUCAGCUCGCCGGGACCGGUGAGUUCGUGCCCUCGGCGUUCGUCAACCCCACGGCAACGCGCACCCGAGCAGAGUCUGGCGAGACCGCCCCGCGGGACGUGACUUUCGAGAGGGCCGACGUGACGAGCCAGGCCACGGGCUUCAAGCCCAAGUACGGUCGCUCAGACAAGAAGGAGGACGGCUCGCCGACUGUGCGCGGCACCUCUCUUUUUUCGGGUCGGCUGCUAAAGGCCGGCAAGGGUCUCAAGAAGAACGUCUUUGGCGAGGUCUGGGCGGUGCUGCGGAACGAGCCACCCACGCUCACAUUCUACGCGGAUGAGACGGAGGCGCGGACGAUCGGCGCGCCACUUCAGCUUGACAAGCUCCCUCGCGACGAUUGGCUCAGGGUCGACGGCAAGCGCCUCGUCCUCACCACUCCAGCGGAGGCGCUUUCCAGGAUGGACGUCGCCGCGGCUGGGAUCGCCGUCUCGCGCUCCGUCGAGACGCGAGUAGAGGCCGAGAGCGAAGAGGAGGCGGAGCGGUGGGUGGACAUGCUAGAGCGGGUGGGGUCGUGCGGAGAGGGUUGAUGGGGGGUGGGGAGCCAGGGGGGGG